CGAGGAGAAGCAGCGCGCAGAUCCCAUGGACAGUUCUACCGAUCUAGACACGACUGGUUCACUCAGCCAAGUUAUUGAUCGGUUGCCUAAGCCUACAAGGAAGAACAGAGUUCUUGGGAUGGUGGCAGCUGCUGCUGAGGAUGCAGGUGAGGAUGCGGGAUGCUGCACUACCCACUUGCUGAGUGCUGAAGACUCUGGCACAUCACAGUUGGGUUUUGGAGCUCUGGAGCUCUCACAAAGCCAGGACUUUGAGGGACACUCAACACUGAGUGAAGAGGGCACAGGGCACCAGCUUCAGCCAGUGGGCACUGUCCUUACCUCUUCUAAUCCCAUGAGGAAUGACUCUAAUGAGGAGCUGCAUGUAGUUGAGAGUGGAACUCUGUACCUUGGAGAAAGUUACACUGGUGCACAGCAAGGGAAGUCUGAAAGGUCAGAGGUUAUGUCUAGCUCUCCCAGAAUUCCACAGCAACACAAAGAGAUCAGCAGGAUACAAAUGUCUGUCUGCGGUGGGCUUGAAAGUGGGUUGCGGGCUGAGAAGUCGCCUGAUCCUGGUCUGCAGGAGUCAGAGAUUGUGUCAACUCAGGAAGAUAUGUUUGCUCAGAGCCACACAACAGCUUCAGAGAGUGACUGUAUCAUAACCAGAGAGGAAGGUUCCGUGGCAUGCACCCCUGCUGACACUCUGCACCUCCUGCAUCUCUCUGGGCAGAGGUCCCUUGGUCAGGAGAGUAUUUCCAUUUCUUCAAGCCUAGUUACUCCUUCUCCUGAUGCCUUUGGAUCCCAUCCUCUUAUCAUCCCCAGCAGUCCCACAGAACAGGAAGAAGCGAAAGAUGAGCAGAUGGAUAAUUCUGCUCCAGCAGAAGGAGGAGACCUUCAACGGGAGGAGCAGAGAGGAGAAGAGCCAGUGGAGAUUGGUAAUCCACCUGUCCCAGCAGGACUUCAAGUUCUACCGCAGGCCUCAACUCCUGUAUCCCGGAGUGCCCCAGCCUUUGUUCCUGGAUCCAUCCUUUUGCCAUCGCAACCAGAAUUUUCCCAUGAUAUCUUCAUUCCAACUCCAAGUCUGGAGGAGAGGCCUAGUAGAGAAGAGAAAGGGGGAUUUUUAUUGGGAUCAUGUGUGCCAGCAGAUGUCUCUGAAACCACAGCAGCUCAGCCACAGAUCCCCACAAGAGAUCCUGUAUUGUCCUGUAAGCUAUUAUUCUCUGAAAGUGGAUGCAGCCAGCCCACAAAGAUAGAAGACAACACAAGCUCUCUGAAAACCAACCAUGACAGUGAAAACACGCAGACUGAGAUGGAUUCUACACUACAAGCUGUAGAGCUGAAACCCUGUUCUACAGAAAGUUACAACAUGCAACUGAGGCUAAGUGAGGACAGCCAGGCCCUGCUCAGUGAGAACAGUGAGAAGCCAAACUGGGAGGCUGUGCGUGCUUCCAGAGAACCUACCAUUUGUCCUGUUGCUGAAGGUGCAGCAGCAGAAGGCUCUGUAGUACAGAUGGCUUGCAUUGAUCUUACAGGUGAUUCUGGAAGCCAGAUAUCUGCAACUCUGUCUGUUCAGUUUGAGACUUCAUCAUGCUUGUUGGGCCAAGAAGCACUGACUGAGGUCAAGGAAAACCUGUCAGGAGAAAAGUCUGAGUAUGAAGCAGUCCCUGAGACUCUCUGUGAGGUUCAAGGAGGAGAAAGGCAUGAAGACCAGGAAGUGAUGGGAGUAGAAUCCAGUGAGAUUUUUGAAAAAAAUUCAGAAAAACAAUGUGACCCAAGCCAGGGGUUGGUACAGAUGGAUCCAGAGAUCAGGAAAAAAGAUACCGUGAAGGAUUCUACUGUGGUUGCUGAAGUUAUAAGCACGAUGGAUCUGUCACUGAAGGCUGCUCCAGAUGAUGUGCCAAAGCUCAGUGAUGUUCCCCGUCAGCCUUUUCUGGGAGAGUCAUUGCAACAACAGGAUGGCUCGUGGCCCCAGGUAAAGGUAAAUGCUGCCCCACGCUUGGCUUCAUGUGCCAAAAAAUGUCCUAGUACUCAAGAGAACAGGAGUCAAGCUGAAAGUGACGUAGAAUUGAAGCAAAUCCAGAAGGAUCAGCAGCCUUCUCCAGCUACUUUAGGAAGAGAGGAUGAGCUGUCAGCAACACCACAGGAGUCACCUCUGAUGCCCUUAGAGAAGGCAGCAGAUAUAGUUAAAAAAACAUUAAGGAUUAGUAAUCUGGAGCAAGAAGAGGAGAGGACGUCUGAACAAUCCCCCUGUCCAUCCAGUGGAACUCUGUUUCAUUUCACUUUGCCAAAGGAAAGUGAUGUCAUUCAGCCCUUGACCAGUGUGACCCCAUCUCUUAUUGGGCAGCUUAAAAUGGGACCCAGAAGACACAGCACUCCUAUUGUGGAUGGCAGCUGCCCAGAGAGCACCAUAGUAACCAGCGAUGUCACAGCAGAGGGCAGUAUUGGGACCAAUAAUGUCACUGUGGAAAGUGCUAUGGCAUCAGCAGAUGCGUUGGAAGAAUGUGAAAAAGGGGAUUCUGGUGCAGCUCCUGAGGCUGAUGGAAAACUGUGUCUUCGAAUGAACCUUGCCACCCCUGUGAAUGAGGAGAGUGAGGAGAGUCUGCCCUUCAGUCUGGAAAAGCCUGCAGCCAGUGAAAGGAAAAAUGGAUCCUCUGCUGUUGCCAGCUCUCAGAAGAACCUGUCUGUGUUUAGUCGUGUCUGUGAAGUCCGUCGAGAAGAUGAGGCCAGAGGUCAUGAUCUUUCUGCUUCUCCAUUUAGGGGGAACCUGUUUAGUUUUCCAAGCACACAGGAGGAGCAGCUGCAUGAAGAUCCUGACACUUGGCAGCAGUGCCAGAAGCAGGUCUCUUGUGGGGGAAUUAAAGUUUCUCAGCCUGCAGAACAGGACUCCAAACAUCAGCCAUCCUACACAAAAGACGGAGAGGUUAUGGAAGUUGAUAUUGAAAGGGAUCAGGAAAAGGAAGGGAAGAACACACAGGAGAAGCUGUGUAAGGCUUUGGCAGCCCAGGAAAGGGAGAAAGGUGAGCAGAUGUGGACUGGUACAAGCAACAAAGAGGUCCAGACUGCAGGAGCUUCUCUCUUGGCCCCUGCAGCUGUGUCAGCAGCAACACAGACAAUGAAGGGAGUGAGCAGCCAGGUAGAAGUGGGAACGAGCAUGGCUGAGCAAAGGCCUGGACAACAGGAUGCCAAGGUCCAAACUGAAGAGAGUGGAGAGAAGCUUGCAAAUGCCCCUGGAAAUGACACUGAGCCUCUCCAUAGCCAGGGAGAGGAGGAGUUUAACCUGCCCCCGCAAUCCCAAAGCCGCGUUCAGCAUCGCCACAUGCGAACCAUCCGUGAAGUGCGCACAGUGGUCACACGUAUUAUUACAGAUGUUUACUACGUUGAUGGUGCUGAGGUAGAGCGGAAGGUGACUGAGGAGACUGAAGAGCCUACAGUGGAGUGCCAGGAAUGUGAGACAGACCUCUCCCCCUCCCGAACGACAGGGGGCUCAUCACUGACCUCCGGGGACCUCGGGGACAUCAGCUCCUUUUCAUCCAAGGCCUCCAGUCUCCAUCGCACAUCGAGUGGCACCAGUAGUGGUCUAUCAGCUACACAUGGUGGCAGUAGCUCAGGGAGGGGAGCAGGAUCUUUCAAAGGGAAAGUCGGUGGAAUGGAAGCUGGAGAAUUUGCCUUACCCAGUGGCAGAGGACUGCUAGGAAAACUGAGCCCUAGAAAAGGGGCUGGCCAGCCAGGGUCACCUCUAAGAGCCAGUCACAUAGGAGCAAUGGCAUUCGAGGAAGAUGAAGAUGUAGCACUUGGCAUCCGACAGGGUGGGAAAGUACUACUUACACCUCGUGGGCGAGGGAGAAGAGGCCGCCCACCAUCUCGAACAACUGGAACAAGGGAUGCAGCUGGGAGUGGCAUGGCAGCUGUGGAAGAUCUCUCAGCCACAGCAUCACCCGAGGAGAAACCCUUUGUGCGCAUUGUGGUUCAACCACCAGAUGGUGGGGACAGAUUUGAUGCUGCCGGCCCUUGCACCUUGCGACGAAGUGACUCUCCGGAAAUUCCCUUGCAGACGGUGGCUGGUCCCUCUGACAGCGCAGACUUAUCCUCUGGGAACAGCUUUGUGGGCCUGCGAGUUGUAGCCAAGUGGUCCUCAAAUGGCUACUUUUAUUCUGGGACGAUCACCCAGGAUGUUGGGGCAGGGAAGUACAAGCUGCUUUUUGAUGAUGGAUAUGAGUGUGAUGUCUUAGGCAAAGAUAUUUUACUCUGCGAUCCCAUUCCCCUGGAAACUGAGGUGACUGCGCUCUCUGAGGAUGAGUAUUUCAGUGCAGGUGUGGUGAAGGGACACAGGAAGGAAUCUGGAGAGCUGUAUUACUGUAUUGAAAAGGAAGGCCAAAGGAAAUGGUACAAGCGUAUGGCAGUAAUCCUGUCCUUGGAGCAAGGAAACAAGCUUCGGGAGCAGUAUGGGCUGAGUCCCUAUGAACCAGUCACACCCCUGACUAAGGCAGCUGACAUCAGCCUGGAUAACUUGGUGGAGGGGAAGCGGAAGCGGCGCAGUAACUUUGACUCACCUAGCACUUCCAGCAGCAGCACUACACCCACUCGCAAGGGACUGGAGAGUCCACGUGUCACCCCAGGUCUUCUGUCUGGGAAGAGGAAGUUAGUUUCCUCUGAAGAUGAGAGAUCCCCAGCCAAACGAGGACGCAAGUCUACAGCAAUGAAACCAGGGGCUGUGAGGGCCGGUGAGUUUUUGAGCCCCUGUGAAAGUGGAGAUCACACAGGAGACCCCUCGACGCUGGAGGAGCAUCAUGGGCCAUUGCCCCGCAACAAGACCCUCUUUCUGGGUUACGCUUUUCUUCUCACUAUGGCAACCCCGAGUGACAAACUGGCUAAUUGCCAGAAGCGAUCAGCUGGUCCUGCAGGCAGUAGUGAGGAAGAGGAAGAAUUCUCAAUUCCUUACAACAAACAGUACACAAUAUUGCAGCUGCGAACUGGAGCUGGCUACAUCCUGGAGGACUUCAAUGAAACCCAGUGUAAUGCGGCGUAUCAGUGUCUCCUGAUUGCAGAUCAGCACUGCCGAACCCGGAAAUACUUCCUGUGCCUUGCCAGUGGAAUUCCCUGUGUAUCUCAUGUCUGGGUCCAUGACAGUUGCCAUGCAAACCAGCUUCAGAACUACCGGAAUUACCUUCUCCCAGCUGGCUACAGCCUCCAAGAGCAAAGGCUGCUGGAGUGGCAUCCCCGAGUGAGCCCCUUCCGUAACCUGAAGGUUCUUCUGGUAUCAGACCAACAGCAGAACUUCCUUGAGCUUUGGUCAGAAAUCCUCAUGACCGGGGGAGCAGCAUCAGUUAAACAACAUUACUCGAAUGACCAGAACAAAGAUAUUUCUUUGGGUGUGUUUGACGUGGUGGUGACUGACUCGUCCUGCCCAGCUGCUGUCCUGAAGUGUGCAGAAGCAUUACGGCUCCCUGUUGUGUCACAGGAGUGGGUUAUUCAGAGCCUUGUUGCUGGGGAGAGAGUUGGCUACAACAAGCAUCCAAAAUAUAAACAUGACUAUGACCCCUGCUAAUUCCACCUUGUGUCCUGACUUCCCUGCUGGUGUGAAGACUGUGUUUUAAUCAGGUUUUAAAUGUCUGUGUUACUAGCCACAUGCAUGGAUCACUGUAUAUAGUUUUAUUUGAUGGACUUUUAUGAUGAAAUAAAUGUUGAAUCUCUU